AUGAGUCGCCAAGCCAGUGCUGCACGGAAUGACCUUGAGCACAUGCUAUCUCAUGAAAACGAACAGCCAAAGGCCUUGCAAUUAUCACUUUUGGAAGAUAUCACAGAUGGUUUCUUUGAGAACCGUCAAAUUGGCAGCGGUGGGUUUGCGGUGGUUUAUAAGAUGGAUCGGUGGAAGACGGCGGCGGCGAUCUCUGAGAAUGUGUCGGACCGGUGUGUGCCCCAGACCCAGUAUGAGUCUUGGUUGGGGCCUUCGGCUUUACAUGUUAGGAUUUGGUGCGAGAUAAAGACCUAUGUGAUAGUAAAUGGUAUCUGUGAAGGUUUACAUUACCUUCACCAGAAUCUUAUUGUUCACUUGGAUCUCAAGCCCCCAAAUAUUAUGCUGGAUGGCAAUAUGAUGCCAAAAAUUACUGACUUUGGGCUAUCAAGGUGCUUCGAUGAAAAGCAAAGCCGAGUUAUUACCACAAAUAUGGCUGGCACAUUGUAG